UGAGUUCGUAUCGGUUCGGAUCGGUUGGUGGGUCGGCGGCACGUUUUUCCACCCAAAAGUAGCGCAGAUUACUUAAAAAUACCAAACGCGAAAGAAUUGGAACAGCUCUGCUGGCUCGGAGCAUUUCUUAGUUUCAGUUUUUCCGAUUUUCCCACUUUCCGGCUCUCCGAUCCGGCAUUCUCCGUUCGCAUCUGGCGCGAGUAAAACGAGCAGCUGCUUCACUCCUCAUUCGACUAUUGUUGGCCGCGCGAAAAACAUGAAAUUGAAAAUCAAUCUGACGUUCCUCUGCGCGACACUCGUCGGCCUCCUGUCCAUCAUCCUCUUGACACAGACCGCGGAAACCGAGGCCUUUGGAGGCGGCAGCUCCGCAAAUGGGGCAUUGGUGUCAUGCAAAGAGCUGAACAAUGUCAACUGCUACGUGGGCCGGAACGAGGGGAACUUCUGCAGCAGCAAGGACAAGACCAAGGCCGAAACCCGCUGGUACUUCGACAAGGGCCACUGCAAGCCCUUCACCUACAAGGGAUGCAACGGCAAUCGCAAUCGAUUCUGCUCGAAGGACAGCUGCGAGUCGCGCUGCGCCGAUUGAUUGCCACCGGCGGACAUAUCCCUCCUUACCUAGUCGAUAAGUUUGUACGCGUACGUUUAGGCUAAGAGCAAAUAGAGAUCGCACCGCACACUAAACAAAAUAAUGCGUCAUUUAAUUACACAUUCAAUCUCACUUCUAUUGACAAAUAAUAGGUCUUAAUGACCUACAAAGUUAAUUGAUUCGCUGAUAGUCACUUUUCAUUUUUUCAAGAAAUUAUACUAGUUUUUAUCACUGAUCAACGGUUCCAAUGUAUAACUCAUUUAACAGUUUUCUGACCAUUUGAUUUUUUAGGUUGUGUGUUUAGUUUCAAAAUCACUUUUGAGUUAUUAAAAUAAUAUAUUUUAUACUAGUUUGUCUAAAUUAUUUUUUAUUUUCCUUAAAAUUUAUAAAUUCAUUAAAUCAUUAAAAAUAAGCACUUUUAUUUUUACCAUCCCAAACUUAUAGUUUUAGAAACUAAUGCUUUUACUAAGAGUUAAAAUAAAUAGCGCAUCAAAAUAAAAGCAAUAAA